AUGAGACAAAUUAUUGACUACGACUGCAAUUUCAAAGAAGAAGUGGGAGAAGUUUUGAAAGACAUUUCUGGAAGUCAGAAUACAUUGAGAUUUAAUGUUAUCAGUAUUUUAGGAUGCCAAAGCACUGGAAAAAGUACUCUACUGAAUACUCUCUUCGGAACGCAUUUUAAGGUUCUAGAUAAGCUUAUAUCUGGUUAUUGUCAAACUACUAAAGGAUUAUGGCUUGGAUACGGAACACAGCAUUUCAACUCCCCAAUUUUAGUUUGGGAUGUAGAAGGUACUGAUAGUUUGGAGAGAGGCGAAGAUAGGGCUACUUUUGAAAAUAGAGCAGCACUAUUUUCUCUAGCAAUUUCCGACUGUAUGAUAUUAAACAUCCCUUUAAUGAAUUUAACUACCUAUAGCUCCUCUAACUUUGCUCUUUUAAAAACCAUCCUGAAUUCCUGGUUUAGUCUUAAACUUGACCAAAAUGGAAUAUCUAAAGGAAGCAUUAGAAAGACUACAUUACUGUUUGCUGUUAGAGACAUUACUAUCAAUGACAAUGAUGAAAUGCUUGGAAGGAAAGUUGUUCAGAUUUUGGAUCUUCUUUGGAAACAAGUUGCGGAGUCUCAAAAUCUUCACGGGAAUCAGAUUCCGGCAUCUUUUUCUGAUAUCUUCGAAGUUAAGAUCUAUGGAAUCCCAUCACUACCCAAUAAUUUUGAUGGAUUCAAGCAAGUAGUCAAUGGAAUUAGAUCUGAUCUUACUAACUUUAUUCUUCCACAAGAUUACAGCAGACACAUUCCUUUAGAAGGGUUUGAAAUGUAUUGUAGCGCUGUAUGGAAAUGUAUUGUGGAGUGUCAAGAACUAAAUAUUCCAUCUCAGAUUAAGCUUGUUUCAAAGUUUAGAUGUGAGCAAACAAAAGAUAAUGUCUUGAAUGAGUAUAAAAACUCGAUUAAAGAUCUUCAAAAGAAAAUGGAGAGACGAGAAUUUGGGUUUCUUGAAUUCUCCGAUUACACUUUAUUAGUACUUGAAGGUUCAUUAACAAAAUACUUUGAAGUUGCCUCCAAAUAUGAACACGAGAUGUCCACUAAUACAUCUAUUUCAUUGUUGUUAUUUAUUUUCCAUGAAUUUCAAAACGCUGUUAAUUCCAGGAUGUCUUUAGAAAGACAGGAUUUGAGACAAUACAAGAAUAUUCUUGAUUACUAUAAAAAAGGAAUUGAAGAUCAUCAAGGACAUUAUGAUACACAAAGCACUGCAGGGGAAGGCCGCAAUGUAUUAUUUGACUCGUCCUCCUGGAUUAAUAAGGAGCUUCUUAAGUUUGAUUCCUUAUCUUUAAAAUGGAAGACUGAAUUCCCAGGUGUGAUAUCCAAACAAAAUCUAAUCUCAAAAAUCAAGGAUAAAUGUGUUCCUGAGAUUUUAAACGAAAUCUCCUCGAGUUAUCAAGGAAAGGAAGUUUUCUUGGCUACCUAUAAUACCCAAGAGCAAAGAAAGCUUCUAAGCGAGACAUUAGAAAUCCAUUCCAAGAAAAUCUAUGAAAAGCUUGUGGAAGAAUUCUUUGAAAGUUUAAUCAAAGAUAUUCUGAAAGAAAUUUCUCCUUUCUUUGGCGGCCAUUUCCUUUCAGAUCCAAAUAUCAAAUUAGAUGAUUUCUGGAAACAAACUGAUUCUUAUUUGGUAAAUAUUCACGGACUCCUUGUCACAAGAUAUGAGCAACAGUGGACCACUCUGUUUAGGAGUUCUAAUAUAAGCGAAUUCACUCUUUCAAGUUUAGAGGAAGAAAUUGCUCUACAACUCUUAUUAAAGUUUAUACAGUUACUCCAGCAACAAUCCAAGUACUUCCAUAUUAAUAUUGUUGAAAGAUUUAAAAGUGAAUUUGAGCUUGAUCAAGACGGAAUACCCAGACAAUGGAUUGGAGAAGAUGCCAAGACUAUGAAAGAACUCUUCAUUAAAGCCAAAACUAACUCCCUUCUUAUUACUGGAGUAUUCCAUCCAAGAAGAGAUCAAAUAAUUCCAUUUUCUGGACGAUUCUCUAAUUUGUUUAAUAAGAUCAUCGAGAAUUCCGAAGAUCUUUCUGAAAUACUUGCAUUGAAUAGUGGGAAUGAAACUGGUAAAUUUUCAGAUUCAUUACUUUUGAUCCCAGAAAGUAGUAUUAAGGAAAUUGAAUCUAAAGCAUCACAGGAAAUUGCCAACAUAUUUUCAAAAGCUCAGCUAAUCCAAUCCACAGGAAAACAACCACAGAACAUUCCCUGGUGGAUUUACUUGCUGAUUAUUGUGUUAGGAUUUGAUGAAAUUACCUAUGUAUUAACAUCCCCAAUCUUGGUUACCUUACUUUUGGUUGUUAUUUCUUUUGUAUAUUCAUAUUUUACUGGUAACUUUUCUUUAUUUUGCAACUACUCACAACAAUUUGUCAUAGUUUCAAGCAAAAUCCUACAUUAUAUUUCAGGAGCAAUCCAUAAUUCUUUAGAUAAUAGGAAAUAG